CUCCAAGCUGUUCCCUCCAUUACAGCAAGCUCUCUAUUCUUGUCUCUGUCUGCUCAAACUUCUAUGCUUCUAUUACUCAUAACCAUUGAAAAUAUCACUAUUUAAGGCUUUCUUGAUUUAUUGAGCAUUAUCUCCAAUUUUCUUCUAAUCCCUGUAAUUAUCUUCAAGCUUUAUUCUCAUGGCUAGCAAUUCCAAAGCUGCAACAGAAGCAUUGAUGCCAAAGAAGCAUCAGGAUGCAGAAGCCAGCCCUGGAACCACAAAGAAACAGAUCCAAUCGCAAGCAAAAGCUGAGAAAAAGGUUCCUGUUGUUUAUUACCUGUCUCAAAAUGGAAAGAUUGAGCAUCCCCAUUUUGUGGAAGUACCUCUAUCUUCUCCUCAAGGACUUUAUCUAAGAGAUGUGGUAAAGACGCUAAACCUUCUCAGAGGUCAAGGCAUGGGUAGUAUGUUCUCUUGGGCUUCGAAAAGGAGCUACAAGAACAUUUUUUUAUGGCAAGACUUGUUAGAUGAUGACUUAAUAUACCCUUGUCAAGGCCAAGAUUACAUUCUCAAAGGAUCACUACUCUUAGAAACUUCUCUAAGUUUUCGAUCCAACGACUCGAUAUCAUCAUCAACCUCGAGACGUUCCUCGGAGAUGAACUCCUCUAGCAUUGAGGACUCUAAUUCUCCGGUCAGUAGAAGGAAAAAACAUUCAUGUUCAGUUGAUGUCAAUGAUGAACACAGAAUUUACAAGGCCAAAACCUCAGGAGAACUUACCAGAAAUGGCUCUAAUGUGUCAACACAAACUGAUGAUAAUCAAAUAAUAGAAAUGGAAGCUGAAGGACUGAGUACAAAGUCUAGUUCGAAAGCUUCUGGGAACUUGGAAAGUUCUGCAGAGGCUUAUAGGUCAAGAAAAAUUAGAAACCAGAAAGUUGGGAGAGAUCAUGACAAUCUGAAAAUGAACGAAAGGAAGCUUGUGAUGAAGUUGAUUGGAUGUGGAUGUGGAUCAAAGAGGUUCAAAGAUUUUCAGCAGAUGGAAAACAAGUAUUGCUGAUGAACAAGACUCAAAAGUUUUUGAGCAUGCUGAGUGAAGUUUUUAAAAUUUAUCUAACCUUGAAAAUAAGCCUUAAAUGUUGUGAUGUGAUACUUGAUUCUUCGUAUACGUGUACCGGAAAAAUAUAAAAAAGUACCCGUAAUUUCAUAAAUUUUCAAUUUUAGAAUACAUAAUUUAUUUCGAGAUUUAUAAUUUAAUUUUAUAAAAAAAUAAAAUUAAUCUUAACAUUCCUAUACAUAUAUCUUGUUUUUUUUUAAAUAGAGAUCGAAGGAAUAGAAUAUAAAAUCUCUCAAAUUUAUUCGGAUGCAAAAUAGAGAUCGAAGGAAUAGAAUAUAAAAUCUCUCAAAUUUAUUCGGACACACUUACCACCAGAUUAAAACAGUAAAUGACGUAUACA